GGCACGCUAUUGGCUGCGCCACAGUAGGGCUUUCAACGCUCUCAGCCAGCGCACCUCCUCAUCCUCACUGGCAUUGAGGUCAGAGCAGAGGAAGGCGAGAGAUUCAGUGUGUGUGAGCUUUUACCUGGAAAUGUAUGCGUUUUUGCUACAUAGUUUGUGACUUUAUAUUUUCCUUUGAGGUAACAUCAGUCCGACUAGGCUAAAACGAUCAUAGGCCGUAUUCCCACAUUGUGCUGUGGAGAUGGUGAGUGUUCCGGACGCAGUUGUUCUUCAGGAUGGGGAGACUGCAGUUGAGGAGCCAAUGGGACCUGAGGACUGCAGCGAGAUGGCGAUGGAAGCUCGGUGUCGGGCUGGAGAUGAGAAGGCUGACCGGUGGCGGUCUCUGGGAAUCGUAUGGAGAAACGUUAUCCUCAUGGCCCUUCUGCACAUCGGGGCGGUGUAUUCCAUCCUUGUUAUCCCCAGAGCAAAGCCCCUUACCUGGGUCUGGUCCUAUGUGUGUUUCAUCGUGACAGCCCUGGGGGUGACAGCAGGGGCCCAUCGGCUGUGGAGCCACCGCUCCUACAGGGCCAAGCUUCCUCUCAGAGUCUUCCUCGCAGCCGCCAACUCCAUGGCCUUCCAGAAUGACAUCUAUGAGUGGGCGAGAGACCACCGUGUGCACCACAAGUUCUCAGAGACAGAUGCAGACCCCCACAAUGCAACACGAGGCUUUUUCUUCGCUCACAUUGGCUGGCUGUUUGUGCGUAAACACCGCGAUGUCAUCGAGAAGGGAAGAAAGCUGGACGUCACUGAUCUCUUGGCUGACCCCGUGGUCCAGUUCCAGAGAAGGUAUUAUAAGACCUCAGUCCUGAUCAUGUGCUUCCUGGUUCCCACUGUGGUUCCCUGGUACUUUUGGGGUGAGACACUGUGGAACUCCUACUUCCUGGCAUCCAUCUUGCGUUACACAGUCUCGCUCAACGUCACCUGGCUGGUGAACAGCGCCGCCCACAUGUACGGGAACCGGCCGUACGACCAGAACAUCAGCCCCCGCGAGAACCGCUGGGUCACCUUCGGAGCCAUCGGUGAGGGUUUCCACAACUUCCACCACACUUUCCCCUUUGACUACUCGACCAGUGAGUUCGGCCUGCGCUUCAACCCCACCACCUGUUUUAUCGACCUCAUGUGCUGGAUGGGCCUGGCCAGCAACCGCAAGAAAGCCUCCGUGGAAACAAUACAGUCCAGGAAACUAAGGACAGGGGAUGGGAGCUACGGCGCGGUCAACAGCACACAAGAUAAAGAAGCAUGAGUGGUGGUUCUCACUGAACCAAGUGGUGGUUGAGAAGUCCACGGUGAGACGUCAAUAUAUUCUUCGACCGCCACUGCAUUAUGAUUUCUCAUCAUGUUUCGUCUGCUAUAUUUUGUACUUUGUUCUUUUGGAUCCCCGAAUUGUACAUUAUGUUCUGACACAAAGGUGUCGUUUUUGACUCACUGGUUAGUUAAUCCAAGGUUUAGUCUGGAAACCAAGACAACCAGACACUUUUUGAAAUCAGAAAAUCAAAUCCUAGCAUUGUUACUUACCUGUUGCAUGAGCUUCCACAAGCCAGGCUCUGCAGUACGUUACUAUGUGGAGAAGGGUUUCUAGUGCAGGGUGACUGGUGUGGAGACAUUAUAAAAGAUGACUCCUGCAUUCAGGAUACACAUGCUGUUUAUUGUCAACGUUUUGGUUGUCGUGUCUUGAAAAAGGUCACCGACCAAAACGUGGAUGGUAAAUGUCAGUCACAUGCAGAGGUAAUGGUGUAUGGGAGUUAACUUUAAUAUGUUUCGACAUGUUUACCAGAACGUGACGUAAGGGAGAGAGGAAAGGUCCCUGGUGUGUUCCCUCUAGCGUGGAAACUCACGUCACCUGUACCAAGUCCCCACCCCCCUUCCAUCCUUCAUCACAUCGAGAUGUCAUUAGGCGGUGUGAAAUAGGGCCAGGUAUACAACAGAAGUCUGUCGGUCACGAUGUACUUCGUAGUGGGAGCGAUUCAGAUUUGAAUUCAAUACAAGACAGAACACGAGAAAAAGACGUGAGGUACGAGAGCAUGUACCGAACUUUGAUCUAUCCCUUUGAUGAAUUGAUUCCACUCUAUUAUUAUGUGUAAUGAGAGAUAACAUUACCAUAGGACUUUUAUUACUACUCUACUGUACUAUAUAGUAUUGUUGAGAGAUGAGCUCGUCUGUUAUAUGCCCGUGUUUUCCUCCCCCAGUGGUGGAAUGACUGUAUUUGUUUGUAUUCUGUACCUGUCUUGUGUGGGUUUUAUACUGUGUCGAUAUCAAUAGCCUAUAUAUUAUUGAUUUGGUUGUUUAGUUCUUAUUGGACACACACAUACACACACACACAGUUGUGUUUUGCUAACCUUGUGGGGACACACAAUUGAUUCCCAUUCAAAAUCCUAUUUUCUCUAACCCUAACCUUAACCCAACCUAACUCCUAACCCUAACCUUUAACCCUUAAUCCUAAUUCUAACCUUAACUCUAAACCCCUAAAAAUAGCCUUUUUCCUUAUGGGGACUAACAAAAUGUCCCCAGUUGGUCCAUUUUUUCUUAGUUUACUAUUUUUGUGAGAACCCCUGGUUAAACUCAUACUCAUACACACACACACACACACACACACACACACACACACACACACAGUCUUGUAUAACUAACCUUGUGGCGACACACAAUUCAGCCCCAUUCAAAAUCAUGUUUUCCCUACACCGCUAACUUUACCCGGAUCCCAAAACCUAUCCCUAAAACUAAACCUAGCUCCUAACACUAAUUCUAAACUUAACCCUAAACCCCCUAGAAAUAGCAUUUGACCUUGUGGGGACUAACAAAAGAUCACCAGUUGGUCAAAUGUUAAUUUGUUUACUAUUCUUGUGGGGACCAGAUAAGUAAACACAUCCAGAUGGUGGAGUUUCCUUUGUAGAUGACUGGAUCCGGCUGAGAGGAUACAUAUGAUUAAACUGAUGUGUGGGUAACUGAAUGUC